AUGGAAGAGGAUCCGCCACCAAAACCCGACAACCCGGCCAAGCCUCACACAGCCGCCGCCCCGUUGCGGGCGAGAGGGGAUUCGAACUCGUCGAAUGCGUCGUCAGGGUCCAUUGUCUCGACCCGCACCCUCCAGUCUAUCGACCUAACUACCGUGACGGAGAAUGACCGAACCUACCCAGACGAGCAUUACUUCAUGCCCUGCGAUGCGGUCGAGCAAGACCGACUGAGCAUCCUUCAUCGAGUCUACUUGGCCGCCCUUGGAGACAAGCUGACUACCGCACCAAUCACCGCCGCUACCACUAGAAUUCUAGAUGUUGGCGCUGGACCCGGCGAUUGGGCUGUCAGCAUCUCGGAACGCUUCCCAUACGCGGAGGUAGUAGGGAUUGACCUCACAAUAUGGGACGUCGAAGCCGUCGAAGCAGAGCGGCAAGGGGGUUACGGCGCCGGAUCUGAGCGAGGCGUGCAAUGGGAGAUUGACGACCUAAACAUAUGGCGCGCAGAUCCAUUAAAUCCAGAGCAAGAACCAGAAAUGCAUAUCCCAUCUCUCACAAUCAACACGUCCAAUCAAAAAGGCAAAGGCAAAGCCCCAGAUCUUCCUUCACCAACCCUCUCGCCCUCCCCGCCCCAAGCCGACCCCCCACCCACAAAUCUCUACUCCCUAGAGCCACAACCACCCCCUCCCGGCUGGAACUUCACCGAACCCUUCGACUACAUCCACAUCCGCGGCCUCAAGGGUGCCUUCUCCUCCUGGUCCGCCCUCUACGCCGAAGCCUACGCCAACCUCGCUCCGGGGGGAUUGAUCGAGGUGGUCGACUACAGCUUCGCGCCUCCAGAUACACCAAAUAUUCUCAACCGCCCGUCAAAUUCAAACUUCAGAGAAGGCCCCUUACCGCCCCCCUACGCCCACCCAACUCUCGCUCCUGGCGGCGGCCUCGCGCCCACCACCGCCUCCUCUCCCAACUUCGAAGCGUUCACUCACCUCUUCGAGUCCACCCGCCUCGCCUCCCUGCGCGCCGGGAUCAAUCUAGGCACCUUGCACUUAGACACGGAUAUGCUGCGGGCUGCAGGGUUUGUGGAAGUAAGAGCCACACAAGUCAACGUGCCGGUAGGCACGUGGCCGAGCGAUGCGCGGCAGAAAGCGCUGGGGAAGCUCUUUGUGGUGUGUUUGAUGGAGGGGUUCGAGAGCGUGUGCUUGAGGCUGUUAACGCGGCACGCAGGGUGGGGGAAGGAGGAGGUGCGGGAGCAGGUGGAGAAGGCGAAAAGGGAGGUUAUGAGGGCGUGUGUAGGGGAGGGCGAGGGCGAGGGCGAGGUGGAGGGGUGGGUGGCGCCGUUUCGGUGGGUGGUGGGGAGGAAGGGGAGGGGGCGAUGA